AGAAUUGUCAGGUGUUAAUGACAUUAUUUGAAAAUGAGAGAAACUGCAAAAGUAUCUUUUGGUGAAGUAGCUGGAUCUGUUUGUCGAGAAUUUGACAAAUUUCUUGAAGUAUUUGAUGGUGAUGUUUUGUCACUGCUGAAUUUUUUAAUCAAACGGAAUGACUUGUCAGAAAGUAUUCUUCUUACUGAGGACACCCAAGAACUUACUGUAGAAACUCCAAAGCAAAACAUUGGUGAUAUACAUGACUUGAUUGACUCCUUUGUUGAACAAAAUAGAUUGAAAUCACGAUCAGAUGCCAUCGAAGUGCUCGUACUGAGUAGUGGUAUGGUAUGGAAGGACGCAAAUGAAAUGGUGUUGAAAUCAAGGCAUAGGACGGGAAUUAUAAAUAAAUUGAGUCAAGACAGAAUCGAAAACAAGUUCUGUGAUUUGCAAGUUGUUAUCGGUAACCAUGAUACCUAUUGGGUUCACAAGUGUGUCCUUGUCGCCUCAUCUGAAUAUUUUUCAAAUAUUAUGAAAUCUGAUACAAGGAGGAUUACAAUUUUCAACAUGCCAAAGCCAGAGUCAUUCACUAUGAUCCUCGACUUCAUUUAUACCGGGGAAAUUCUACUCAGCAAAGAGCAUUGUCCGGCAAUUUUAAAAAUAUCAAAAUAUCUGAAGAUGGAAGCUUUGCAAAAAACAUGUGAGGAUUUUCUGAAGUUGGUUCCCCAGCGAUGUAAAAGUAAAGAAACAUCAACAGAUGAGAUUGUAGUUGUGCAAAAUCAAACUUAUUCAAACCAGAGAACUGAUUAUCUCCAAGAUUCUUUCACUAAACCUCGAUGCGAACAUUGUUCAGAAGUCUUCAGUGAUCAUAAAUCGCUAGAGUUACAUCUGAAAACUGCCCAUGACAGCGUGAAUGCAGUUGUAACUGUAAUUGGUAGUCAGUCUGAACAUUUGCAAAUUGAAAAGAAAGAGAAGAAAUUAGUUGCGAGAGGAAUGCCAUUUUCUUGUCAUCUUUGUAAAAGUCUGUUUAGAUCAAGGAGCCAUUUAAAAAGGCAUAUGCUUAGUCAUUCAGGUGAAAGAAAACACUGUUGCACAACGUGUGGCAAAUUAUUUUUAAAGGCUGAUCAUCUAACCAGGCAUGAAAGAACACAUUCUACAGAAAGACCGUUUCAAUGUGAUCAAUGUGACAAAAAAUUUAAAACGAAAGAUAAUUUAAAGAGACAUCAGUUAACCCAUUCCAAUGAGCGACCUUUCUUUUGUGAACUGUGUGCAAAACAAUUUAAGGAUAAAGGUGGAUUGCUUAUCCAUCAGAAAUCCCACAGCAAAUCUGAGCCUAUCUGUCCGCAUUGUGGAAAACGUUUCAAGCAACAAAAUAGACUUGCAUAUCAUAUUAUUCGACAUAAUAAUCCAUUGACUUGUAAAAUUUGUGGAAAAACAUUCGCUUUUCAAAAUCAUCUGAGAAGACAUACUAUGAUGCAUACAGGAGAUCGCCCAUUCAGCUGUGAAACUUGUGGUCGUCAGUUUGUAAAUGUUCAUGGAUUAAAGUUACAUCAGAAGAAGCAUACGGGUAUUGGUCUUCAUGGAUGUGAAAUGUGUGAUAGAAAGUUUCUUGAUAAAUUCCAUUUGAAACGUCAUAUGAAAACUCAUACAGGAGAAAAACCGUUCAAAUGUGAAAUAUGCGACAGAUCAUUUUCUCGUGCUGAUAACUGUGAGAGUCAUAAACGAACAUGUAUGGUCAAAUUAGCUAUUCAGAAAGAUAUUCAAUCAUUCACUGAGCAAGAUGUAAGUAUGGGGGGACAAUUGAGAGUUAAAAGAAUACGGCAACAAGGUGAUGAAACAUCGUUUGUUGAACAGGUUGGAAAUGAAGUAUUGCCGGAAGGACAACAAACAAUAGAGAAUAUUGCAAUCGCAGUUAGUGCAAGUGAAAUGAUGAAUUGUAGAUACAAAAGAAUAAAUAAAAGACUACCCGAAUUAAAGUUAGUGCUCCUUGAUGACAAGGAGCAAGAGGAUUCUGGUUCUGAGGAUUUGGCAAAUAUCUCUAUUAGUGAUGAUACUGCACCUAACAUGGGAUAUCAACCUGCUAUUGACUUAGAAAGUAUCACGCAGGGCAAAGAAUCAACAUUUGAAGAUGUUUCCAAGAUCUCACAUCAACAUUCUAGUACUUGCCAAUGGACUGAUGAUUUCUCUGCUGAUGCAAGUGAAGUUUAACAAUAGGAGGAUAGUGAAAUAGCAACUUAAUGUAUUCAAUUGGAAUUAUAAUAAAUUGAGGAACUGUUGUUAAAUAGUUGAGAGAAGAUAAUUGAUUCAUUUCUGUUGAGUCUAAUAAUAUCUCCAUACUUUUAUCUUUUGGAGGCUUAGAGCUGUUGUAGGUAAUAAUGUAAUCAAAGACAGGCAGAUAUCAGCAAUUUGCAUUUUUGUGAAAAUUCUUCUUCGUUUUACAUGCUCUGAUAUAAUUUUCAGUUAGAUUUGUUCAUACUCUAUGUACAAUUCGCAAAUCUUACUUCAAGAACCAUAACGAAAUCCUAAUCAGUUGGUAGUAUGGCUUUCCUGGAAUAUCCAACACGCAUCAAUAACUAAUUUAAAAAACAGGAGGGCAGGAAAGUACUAGUGUACUUGGUUAAGCAUACACUCGUUGGGGAGCAACACACACCGAAAUCUAUCAGUACCACCUUUUUCUUUGUCAGCAAAAUGUCAAUGAAUUUUUAAAAAUGUUGCGCCUUCGAUUAGCUUUCAUGAGAUCUGUACCAACAAUAGUUGUUAACCUUUUUUUUAUAUCUAUAUUUUAUGGAAAUCUGUAGCUACUGUCGGGAAACUUGGCCAAUAAAAUUUUACUGAACUAAACUAAAUUUUAUAACAGGAAUUUGCACAUAUAAGGCGUUGGUAUUUUUAUCAGUCAAGUUUUUAUGACAAUACUUACACUAGGUUGUUGUUUCCAACAAAACUUGACCGACACUGGGCGAUUUGGGUCGGAUUUGAGGCUGUUGAAAAAUAGAAUUCCGAAUAUAUAACAUCUCGUAUAUGCAGGGCUAUCGUGCUUAUUUCUAAUAUUUGUGCUUAUUUUCUAGCUUGCGCCUUAUAAAGUAACGUUAUGCUUAUUUCUAAAAAAAGUGUUUUUUUUUA